CUGGACAGAAUGUUCGCUUCGACGUCACAAAGAAAUGAUGAUGGUUUGCGGGCAUAUUACAAUAUCUCGUUACUUAUAGCAAAAUCCGGAAAACCGCAUACUAUCGGAGAGAAGUUAAUUUUGCCAGCCGUUGAAGAGGUUUUAAAAACUGUUUUACACAAACCUGCAUCUGAUAUCAUUAAAAGAAUUCCCUUAAGCAACAAUACUGUUGAAAGACGUAUUGAUGAAAUGAGUUCUGAUAUUGAAAGCUUCUUAUGUAAUUAUUUGCAAACGACCCAUUUCUCUAUACAACUGGACGAGUCACUUUACCUGAUAAUGCAGCAUUAUUAUUGGCAUAUGUUCGUUUUAUUAGGAAUCAAGAAAUCUACGAAGAACUGCUCUUCGCAAGAACUUUGAUAACCGACACUAAAGGUGAAUCAGUAUUUCAUGUUUUGAAGGAUUACUUCAUUGAAAAAGCAAUUCCUUUAUCAAAUAUAAUAUCAGUAGCUACAGAUGGAGCACCUGCCAUGGUUGGACCAUGCGCGCUCGCUGUCCGGUACCGCAACCGGGAUACCGCUGACCAAUCGGCGAGUCGGAAAAACGCCGCCAAAACGGCGUCGACGGCCGUCCCGGGUUCCGGAACUACCGCAGUCAUCGAAGUGAUACGCAGUGCGACUUUGAAACAACACGAGGGCGUUGGUCAUGAGACGGCGUCAGCGCAAAAGUACCAUCGGCAACUGCACACCUCCGCCGCUGAGCGAACUGUCGACAAGCAACAGGAGGAAACCAUCGUGCCGAUCAGAAGAAAACUAGCUUUGGACGAUACAAAACAAAACUUUAAGAGAAGCAAAUGCAAGGGCAGAGCUAAGGGCAAAGUCAAGGGAAUAGAAAAAGGUUUGUCAGAUGAAGAAAAUGAAGAUGCACUGUGUUUUUAUUGCUCGCAUCUAUAUUCAGAGUCCAACGAAGGCUAG